GCAAUACAAUAUGAUUAUGAGCGGCAGUAGCGGAAGGCAGAUGCAGACGGUGCGCGUGAAGGCUGGGCAAAAUGCACCGAGUAACAACGGUGGCCCAGAUUUGGAGGACUCUGAGACAAAGCCGCUUUAUUCUCUCCUCCAGCUGCUGAGAACACAACGAAGAACCAAGAACAACCACCACCACCACCACCAUCGCUAAAUUUCUUACUCUUUUCUUCCAAAAACUCCAUUAACAAACAUCUCCACCGCCUUACAAGAUCCCUCUUUCACGGACAAUACUAUGCUCUUCACCAGCACCAGUGCCUGAUAGUCAACACUGAUGAAUAUCCGUGGAGAAUUUCGGUGAGGGGAGUGCUUGAGGUGGUCCAUAACGUAUGUAGAAUAAAUAUUCAGUACAUAGAAAAGGAAAAUUGCUGCUCCUUGGAAAUUGUAGAAAUUGAAAAAAUUAACUCCAAAAUGAUUUAGUAGGAACUAACCUUUUAAUCUCCAAAAGUGAUGAGCAAGAAUCUACAUUAUUUUAGUGGUUGAUUCUUUGGCCUUAAGUCUGAGCAACCCCUAGUUGAUGUAAUCAGGAGCAGGAGUAGUCAAACUGGAGUCUAGCUGAUAUUCUUAGGGGACAAUAUGGAAGAAAGAGAUGAAAAUACUGAUACAGAAUUCAGACCUAAUGAUAAUGCUGAAGCCGUACAAGAAGCCAAGGCCAGUGACAACAUGGAAGGAAGAGAUGAAAAUAGUGAUACAGAAUCAAGACCUAAUCAUAGUGCUGAAGCCGUACAAGAAGCCAAGGCCAGCGACAAUAUGGAAGGAAGAGAUGAAAAUACUGAUACAGAAUCAAGACCUAAUAAUAGUGCUGAAGCUGUACAAGAAGCCAAGGCCAGUGACAAUAUGGAAGGAAGAGAUGAAAAUACUGAUACAGAAUCAAGACCUAAUAAUAGUGCUGAAGCCGUACAAGAAGCCAAGGCCAGUGACAAUAUGGAAGGAACAGAUGAAAAUACUGAUACAGAAUCAAGAUGUAAUAUUAGUGCUGUAGCCGUACAAGAAGCCAAGGCUAGUGACAAUAUGGAAGAAAGAGAUGAAAAUACUGAUACAGAAUCAAGACCUAAUAAUAGUGCUGAACCCGUACAAGAAGCCAAGGCCAGUGUUGAAGUUGAAGUGCUAACUUGUCUUUCAAAUGAGCCAAUGCAUUCAGGUUAUCAGGAAUUGGGAACAACUCCGGAGUAUUCCAGCAAAACUGACGGUCCAGAUGAAGAAAAACCAGGGGUCCAGCAGAAUAUGGAACUUGGUUCGGGAUAUUUGCUUAGUGAGUUGUUAGAAAAAGAUAAUCAGACUGUCUCUAACCAUGCUGACAAUGAUCAAGUUGAAGCAGGCAAUUUAUUAUCUAGUGAUAAAGAUACUGAAAAUUUAAAAUUACCUAUUGAAGUUGAGACAACAACUCUUCUUAAUGAGUGCUCGGAACUUCCAGUUGAAGAUGUCAACAAAAAUCAUAUUGAACAGAUGAACCCUCCUAUUGAAGAUUUAACUCAAAAUAAUUCUAUCCAAAAUUUAGAAAAAAUUCCCAGUAAUUCGCAACAAUUGGGUCGCAAGGAUAAGGGAAUUUUGAAAUCAAAAAAGACAAAUUAUAGGUUAAGGUCCCUUGUAAGCAGUGACAGAGUUUUGCGUUCAAGGACCCAAGAGAAAGCUAAAGCUCCUGAACCAAGUAAUUACUUGAAUAAUUUUACUGCUGAAGAGGGAAAAAGGAAGAAGAAGAAGAAAAAGAGAAAUAUACAAGGAAAGGAAGCAAGAGUUGAUGAGUAUUCAUCAAUCAGGAAACAGUUGAGAUAUUUACUGAACCGCAUCGGAUAUGAACAGAGCUUGAUUGAAGCUUACUCUAGUGAAGGCUGGAAAGGGUUCAGCUCAGAUAAAUUGAAGCCCGAAAAGGAACUUCAGCGGGCAUCAAAUGAAAUAAUGCAACGCAAAUUGAAGAUAAGAGAUCUAUUUCAACGUAUUGACGCACUUUGUGCUGAAGGGAGGCUUUCUGAAUCUUUAUUCGAUUCUGAAGGACAGAUAGACAGCGAGGAUAUAUUUUGUGCAAAAUGUGGAUCCAAAGAACUGUCCCUUGAGAAUGACAUCAUAUUAUGUGAUGGUAUUUGUGAUCGUGGGUUCCAUCAGUUCUGUUUAGAACCACCUUUGCUAAAUACAGACAUUCCACCGGAUGAUGAGGGAUGGCUAUGCCCCGGAUGUGAUUGUAAAGAUGACUGCUUGGAUCUGCUCAAUGAAUUUCAAGGAUCAAAUCUUUCUAUAACUGAUACUUGGGAGAAAGUCUAUCCUGAGGCUGCAGCAGCAGCUGCUGGACAAAAUUCUGAUCACACCUUAGGUCUUCCUUCAGAUGAUUCUGAAGAUGGCGAUUAUGAUCCUGAUGUUCCAGAUACUAUUGACCAGGACAAUGAAUCGAGUUCUGAUGAAUCAAGUUCAAGUUCUGAUCAAUCAAACUCUGAUACAUCUGGAUAUGCUUCUGCUUCUGAGGGAUUAGAGGUUCCACCCAAUGAUGACCAGUACUUAGGUCUCCCUUCUGAUGAUUCGGAGGAUGAUGACUAUGAUCCCAGUGUUCCAGAACUUGAUGAAGGUGUUAGAAGGGAAAGUUCAAGUUCUGACUUUACAUCUGAUUCUGAAGAUCUAGCUGCACUUGACAAUAACCGUCCUUCCAAAGAUGAUGACUUUGUGUCUUCCUUAAAUAAUACUUUGUCUGUGAAAAACUCUAAUGGGCAAAGUUCUGGAUGCGGUCCUAGCAAGAGUGCACUACAUAAUGAGUUAUCAAGUCUAAAGGAUGGUCUUGAACCUGUUUCAGGAAGAAGACAGGUUGAACGGUUGGAUUACAAGAAGCUACAUGAUGAGACAUACGGGAAUGUUCCUACCGACUCAAGUGACGACACUUACGGGAGUACUUCUAUGGACUCAAGUCAUGACAGAGGCUGGGAUAGUAGUACUAGGAAGAGAGGUCCUGAAAAUCUGGUUCUUGCAUUGUCAAACAAUGGGACUAAUGAUGAUUUAACUAAUGUAAAAACUAAACGCAGCCAUAAGAGAACUCGUCAAAAGGCAGCUGCUAUAAAUGUGAAUAAUUCUGUGACUGAAACUCCUGUAGACACUGCAAAAUCUAGUUCUUCUGCUAGGCAAACCACAUCAUCAUCAAAUAGAAGACUCAGUCAACCUGCAUUGGAGAGACUUUUUGCAUCAUUCCAAGAAAAUGAGUAUCCUAAACGAGCUACAAAGGAGAGUUUGGCACAAGAACUAGGGCUCAGUCUGAAGCAGGUUAGCAGAUGGUUUGAGAACACACGAUGGAGCACACGCCAUCCCUCAAGCGGUGGUAAUAGAGCAAAGAGUUCCUCAAGAAUGAGCAAUCUGUCAUCUAAGGCAAGUGGAGAACUACCCAAGAAUGAGCAAGAAUCUGGUGCAUGUUUCAGAGAUACCGAUAGUAAUGGUGCUCAACAUCAAGACUUACCAACGGCAAACAGUUUUGCGACCCCAUGUCAAAGCGGGGAUACAGGGGAUAAGAAAUUGGUGACUCGGAAAACUAAAAGGGCAGAAUCUUCUGCCACAAAAUCCAGAAAACGGAAGAGACCGUCAGAUCACAUGGCAUCACAUGCAAAAGACAAGGAGAUAUCACAAAGGCCUCCUGCCAAGUCACCUAAAGUUAAUGAAAUCCAAACAGCAGAUAGGUUUAAGACAAGGAGGAGGAGAUCUAUUUAGAGUCUAAAGUUUUGAUCGUUCAUGGGAAAUUCUUCUGACUAUCUACUCUCUUUGAAGAAUCGCACUAGAUCAGAUGCGGGCAAUGUUUGAAGGGAGGUAAUUCCGAGAACAAUCCCAAUUGUUUGUAGGUCUUUGUGGUCGCAUUGAUAUUCCUCUUAUCUAAUCCCUCACACAUAAAUGCUUAAUCUUAUUUACAUAAAUCUAGAGUUUGUUGUUAGAUAUUUAUUUGCAUUUUCAAGUGAAUGCUCUCAUCAGACCCUUCUCUUGAUAUGUGUUAAAAACAAUCAAUAGCUCCAUCCAUUUAGUUGGAGAGAUCGUUCUGUUAAACAACCUGGCUUUGUUCAGUAUGAGAUCACAUAUGAAUUCAUAUCAGCUGGUAGUACUCCAUUUCUUGAAUCCUCUGCAGGGCCAACUUUGAUUUUUGCAAGCUAUGCCAACUCGAACACCCCUGGAAAAGAAGCCAGGCAAAUAGAACUAGAGAGCUACGACUACCCUUCAGCCUCAAAAACUUUGCUGCAGAUAGAUCACUUAUGCAGCAGCAUUGCUCUCAAGUCUAAUUUUGACAUUGCUUUUGGCGCUUUGAUCCAUAGUUUAAUGUCAUCAUCCUUAGUGAAAUAUUUUGCAAUUAAUCUGGUUAUGAGAUGUGAACUUUAGGUUCUGCAAAAUAGAAACGAUGACAUUAAUGUUGAAUGUAGUUCUCUGUACACAUUGAAAGCAAUCAGAUCUCCUGCAGUUGGAUCCUACAUUUAUCAAAUUGAAUAAGUUGAAA